UGUAAUAAGGAGGGUUGACGAUGUUUUCCACAGCAGUCGGGAUUGGAUACAUACAGAGGACUUUUCAUGGGGACCUGGAAAUUAUUCUCGUUGGAAAACAUGUUUAUCAGACGAGUUCCUCACAUUUCCUGAUGACGAAAUCUUCGUGUUAUUCUGUUUCCUGUCUGCUGACUCCGGUCCUCCUGACUUCACUGACACAGAGUGGCUGGACAUGCUUAAUGAGAUACGACACACAGCACACCCAAAUAAUAAGCCUUUAACAAGUAAAGAAGCAAAGAGUAUCCUUGAAAUACUGGAGACUCGUGAUUUCUUAUGGGGAGAUCAAAACAAGAUUACCAAAGACACAAGGAAUGAGACUUUAUACAGAAUAGCAUCAAUGAAUAGUUAUAUACCUUUCUAUAUUAGUAGUUAUGACAUAGCUAGUGUGUAUUUAAGAACAAAUGGAUACAUUAGAAAGACUGGGGAGAAAUGUGUCAUAAGCGUCAACAAUAUUUAUGAUCCAUUACUUAUAAGCCGCCUACAAAUGAGUAUUCUUUCACACAUGACCAUGGAGGACAAAAAUAUUACUACAAAAGUCUUCCAGAUUUUAAAUAUCCCAGAAGUUAUAUCAGGCGGAUAUCAGAGUCAACGGGGGCAGUUUUUAAACAACCUUGAGAGAGAAGGGGAGGGUAUUAGAAGAUUUCGUGGCGAUGUACAUCACGUGACAUGGCUCUGGAGACACGGGAGACCCGACAUCGUGAGAUCCUGUAUAGGCCUCCAUCCACACUGGGACAUUUACAUCAUAAACAACAAAGCUUACAGGAAGCCUAAUAACUAUCAUGAAUAUUCCUUGAACAUCAGAUCUAUGCUAUAUACAGUACUGUUAAGUGAAGGGUACACUGUGAAUACCAAUGAUAACUCCUACAAGACCAUGCAGAACAAGAUACUAAACACAUUCUUUCAGGAAGGAGUCAUGUCUUACGACAUUAACACUACAGACGCCCCUGAAGGAACCUUAAAGAUAGAGAACAAUAAAAUUAUGUUUCAAUCGGAUGAUAUCCAACAUGACGUCAUGUAUGCGUUUGUGACGGAGUGCCUAGUGGAAAACUGUGAUCUGGAGUUUUUUCUGACGAUGGCGUCACAUGAUGUGGUAUCAGAAUACUGCAGGUCCUGGGGAUAUAGGAGGAAUGAGGGAGAAAGAUGUCUCUAUGUGCCAAACGCUCCGGACGAAAUGUACAACAUUUUCAUUGACAAACUACAGCUAGACAUCAUUAAACACUGCACGAUAUCAGACGAAGUGAUCCAUAGUAGGAUCAGUAGACGCCUUGGUGUCCCUGAGGAAAUACUGUCUUGGGACGAGGAGGCAAGAAAGCGUUAUGUGGAGUACGCAAAGAGAGGAACCCAGGCCAUUCACCACGCCCGGGGGAUGAUCGUAGGGUGUGCCGGGGCUGGAAAGACAACGCUACUGAAACGUCUUCUCCGGUGUAGUGAGGAAGAUAUACUUAAUGUAACAUCAACAAAGGGAAUAGAUGUUCACGAGGAUAUAUUCACAAUUUGUGAAGACUCUAAAACCCUGAAAGGUAGAACAAUGGUAUUAAACAGCAUUACAGAAGGUUCACAUAAAACUCCCUGUGAGAAGACAGUGAGUUUCUUUGACUUUGGCGGCCAGUGUGCCUACUAUGCUUGUCAUCAAAUUUAUUUGACUAGAAGAGCAUUUUACCUACUGGUGAUAGACGCCUCUAAAGCCCUCAGUGACGUAGUUGAUUUUCGUGUAUGUGACCAGGCAGAUACGUUUUUUCCUGGAUGGACGUAUAGAGAAUAUUUUAUAUUUUGGUUAAAAUCCAUCCAUACAUACUGUUCUCCAAACGGAGUAAACGAAAACAGAGCAGAAAUUGUCCUUAUAGCCACUCACUGGGAAAAUACAUUAUACAAGGACAAGUCCGAUUUUCUUGAUUCUUUGCUUGAAGUUUUGCCAAUCAAAUCUGAUCUUGCAUCCUACAUCAGAGAAGACCGAUGCUUUUUGAUGAGCUUUCCACCAAGCGAUCCCAUCAAAGAAUUGGAAAUGUUUAUUGUAGACAUUGCGAGUAGGACAAAAUGGAAUGAAAAAAUACCACACGAAUGGACGUUUCUCAUCAAUGAAAUGAAUAAAAAUAAGAUGGAUCGAAUUGUCCCUUUUCCAAAUAUUAGAGACAGAUUACCAGUUGAAGCUCUAUCAAAAGAAAACCAGGCAUGUGAUAUGUUAAGAUAUUACCACGACUCGGGACGGAUUCUCUUUUUUCAAGAAGGAAAACUUCGAAAUUUCAUAAUUCUUGACGUACAGUGGUUUGUUAAUGCCUUCAAAACCAUUAUUACUGACAACCUACAUGUUAAGGGGAUCAUUGCCAAUAGACAGGACUGGAAGGACUAUUAUAGCACUGGUAAUCUACAGGACACACUACUGGUCGAUAUCUGGGAUAUGGAGGACAGAAAUUGGCAGACAGCCAAUUUUUCAGAUAAGCCUAUCUGUAAGGAAGACCCUCGUUUUCUAAUUCAUCAUAAAGAUUCAAUGCUACUGUAUAUGCAGCGUCUCGGGUUAAUUGCAGUUGGUGGUGAUCUUCAUUAUAUCCCCUGCAUGAACAAAAGGGAUUUCAAUCCAAAGGUACAUCAAAAGCAGUUUUUCUUGGAAUCAGCGAGAACGUCUGUUCUAGUGUAUUUCUUUAAGUUUUUGCCAUAUUUUCUGUUUUAUCGCUUAGUUGUUGCUUGUCUGCAAAUAAGAAGCUGGAAAGUGCUAAAAAGUAAGGGUACAAAAUGCCUGUACAAGAACGCGGCCAUGUUUAAUUAUAAAGAACAUGAUGUUGUAAUUUAUGUAACAUCUACUUCAAUCCAGCUUCAAGUAGUUAGAAAGACAUGCCAAUUAGACAAAAGCGUCACACUAUCAAUUAGAAAUGAAAUAGACGCACACAUGCAAAAUAUUACUGACACAUUUCACAAACAUCUUUCUUAUCAAACUGGAUAUAUAUGCUCCAAGAGCCAGAUUGUUGGUGAUGAGGUAGAGGAUAGGUUCAUAAAGGAAAAUGAGCUCGGAUCAGGGAAUGAGAAGACUUGCCCGCUACAUCAAGUUGAGGAUUACCAUACUAUUAAUCCGGACUAUCUCUCUAUGUUUUGGAAGCAUGGAUCGGUCGCAGAGGAAGGAAAAAGAUCAUCAACAGACGAAAUUGAUUACUCAUCAUCUGAUUUUUCAUGCGUAUCACUGUCAGAUGAUGAUGAUGUCAGCGAAUAUUAAAUCCCUCAAUGAUAUUACUUAAUGAUGUUACUUACUUGCAAAGGGACCUUCUGAUCAACUAUUUCCCAUGCACUGAACAUAAAUCUAAUGAACACGAUUUAUGAUAUGAACUAGAUUUCAUACAACAGCAAUCGCCAAAAACUUUGAUGAGAAAAACCUUGUAAAUGUGGUUAACCAAAACCAAAAAAGGAAACAAGAAUGAAACUUAUGAACACUACUUUACUUAAGGUUUGAGAUAAAUAGGAACAAUCUCACACACUAUACAUGAUGUACCUCAGAAUAAAUCCUGAUACAUCUAACAAGCAACAAGUGUUCAUUCAAGUGUUAAACUGUUCUUUCAACAAUACAAUAUCGUUAGUGCAGCUACAGCCUAGAGUUUUAAUAAUAAAAUGCGAGCUAGGAAGGGCAGGAAGAACAAAAUUAACGAGCCUUUUCUGAAACGUUUAAAAUCUAUUUAUAUGAUAUAAGAAGUAGUCUUAUGGGCGUUAUAAUAAGUUUCUAUGAGUAUAUUGG